AUGGGCUCAUACAUUUCGGUUGUUGACUGCCAGGCAAACUACAACGUCACCCCAGAUUGCUCUAUUGAGGGUGGGAGCAUCACCGCGGGCCAUGCAUCGGUUACAAGAAUCGGGAGCUAUACCAAAGGACAAUUUCCUGGUGAUCCAGAUAUUGCCGGCAUAGGAGUGCGUUCUAUUCUUGCUGUUUUCGUUGCCGUCACCUCGUUUGCGAUAAUCACCGGUACCGUGUCGAUUAUUUGGAAACUAUCAAAGAGGUUCCGCUGGAAGACAACCUAUAAUGAAAAGCAGAAGGAAGAGAGACGGCGUUAUACGAGUUUCUCUGAUAUCUUGGAGACUCUGGUCCUUGCUUGCAGCGAUCAGCAGGUCUUCACGGGAGCUGCGUAUGCGCUCACACUUCGGUACUGGCGAGGCUGUACGAUCUCGGCCUAUCACUAUAACAUCGUUGCGAAUAUGAUGCUCCUCACCUGCGCCACGCACCUAAUAUCGGUCACCAUCGUCCGAAACUAUUGGAGGUUUCCAUGGCUAGCCGCCCUUCGCGUCAUCUCGAUAACAGCUGUUUUCGUAGUCACGGGAUUGCUCAUGACCAACCAGAAUGCAGACAUGGAAAUGCUAUUUCCCACCGGCGUACCAGACGCAAAUGAGACUGCCAGCUCCAUUUUCCUCCCAGCGGCUUGCUUCCAGGGCGGAAGCCAUACGACCUUAGAUACAGUAAAGGAGACUAUUUUGAGUGCCCAUGCCUUCUUCAAGGACAACAUCGCUCAGUCGACACCACGCAAUAAAAUCCAAGGCUGGAAUUUAUACAUCAUGACCCUUCUCUUCUACGGGGCCGCCAUAAUUGCCGAGUUGGUUAGGUUAAUUCGACGCAGCAAAAGCAGACCCGGCUGGAGAGGUCACGUCGGCAAUCAAUUUCGAAAGUGCGGUAGCCUCGGAACAACAACCGCAAGGAAGAUCUCGCAGUGGGUAUCCACGAUUUAUCUUCUAGCUGGCGUGAUCUUGAGCUAUGUUGUCACCGUCAUAUCAACACGGUAUAUAUUCGAACUUCGAACAUGGAACCCAGAAAACGACGCCAAAAGCUUUGGCCAGCUGGUUCCUAUACUUUCUAGCGCGUUGAUCGUCUUUAGCUUCGCUCAGAUUAUAAGUGAGAAAUGCACGAACCACAAUAACCGUAAGCAUAGCGACGAAGAGAUGCCCUCGCAAGUUGAUACCGUCGAGUACCUCGGCCCAUCUAGGUACAACAUGGUGCCUCAGUCGACUCCAGAAAAAUAUAAGCCGAUGCACUACCGGUCAGCAGAAGCAAGCACGGCCAGCUUUCCACCGCAAGUUGGCUUAGAGAACCAAUCGCCUUGGGGGGGAAGCAUGAACUCUAGUGGGAUGACUACUAGAAUCCAAUCUAAGUCAAACAAUGCAAAGAUGUUGUAUUGA